GGUUUCUAAUCGACAACCGACCAGGCUUCCAUCGUUCCAUAAAUAGCAUCAUCCUCCACGGCCCAUCAAAAUCGAGCUCGUUCAUGGAGGAAAUGGCACCAUAACAACGAUUAUAUCCGCCUCUUCCUCCUCCUCUUCCUCUUCCUUUUUCCUUUUCCUUCUUCUUCUUCUGCCUGAUCUCGGAAGGGAUCGGAGAGAGAAAGAGAAAGAGAAAGAGAGAGGAAAAUCGAUAGACAGAAGAAAAAAGUAACAAACAAACAAACAAACAAAGAUCGAUGAAUUGCUUCUUCGGGCUCCUCUGGGUCAUCGCCUCGGCGAUGUCGAUGGCCGCCGAUGCGGCAACGUUCGCCCCCGCCGACAAUUUUCUGUUGGACUGCGGCGCCGCUUCCGUCGCCGCGAUGCCGGACGGCCGCGUGUUCAAGACCGAUUCGCAGUCGGCCCAGUUUCUCUCUGCCAGCGACGACGUCCGCGCCUCCGCCGCCUCCGUCUCCGGCGGCGUCCCCUCCCCGCUUUACCUGUCCGCCAGGAUCUUCAGAGAUGAAGCCACCUACGGCUUCACCCUCGCCCGCCCCGGCUGGCACUGGAUUCGCCUCCACUUCUUCCCUCUCGAAAACCCUAGCUUCAACCUCAGCGAGGCGGUCUUCUCCGUCUCCACCGAAGAACUGGUUCUGCUCCACAGCUUCUCCGUCGGCGAUCCCACGGAGUGGGUCCUCAAGGAGUACCUUGUCAACGCCACGGACCCGCGUCUAACCCUUCACUUCUCGCCUCUUCGUAACUCCGUCGCCUUCGUCAAUGGCAUCGAGGUCGUUUCCGCUCCGGACGCGCUCCUCCCCAACUCUGCCUCCGCCAUUGCGCCCGUCGGAGCGACCGUGGAUCUCUCUCUCCAAGCCUUUCAGGUGGCGUACCGGAUCAACGUCGGCGGGCCGCUCAUCACCUCCGCCAACGACACCCUCGGACGCUCCUGGCAGCCUGACGCGUCCUUUCUCCAGUCGCCUACCGGGAAGAACGUCUCCGUUUCCCCGGGGAUCAUCAAGUACCCGGAAGGAGUCACGCCGCUCAUCGCGCCCAACUCAGUCUACGCCACCGCCGUCGAAAUGGCGGAUGCGGAAGUGGCCAACGCCAAUUUCAACGUGACGUGGCGCUUCUCCGUCGACCCCAGCUUCGCCUACCUCCUCCGGCUCCACUUCUGCGACAUCGUCAGCAAGUCCCUCAACGACCUCUACUUCAAUGUCUACGUCAACAGCCAGAUGGCCAUCUCCGGCCUCGACCUCUCCACCCUCACCGGCGAGCUCGCUUCCCCUUACUACAAAGACAUCGUACUCAAUGCCUCCGUGGCGGCGGACCAGAUCACAGUCCAAAUCGGCCCGAUGAAGGAACCCGCCGGCCGAGUCGACGCGCUGCUCAACGGCGUGGAGAUUUUGAAGUUGAGUAACUCGGUGGGGAGCCUCGACGGCGAGUUUGGAGUCGACGGGUCCAAAGCCGACGACGGAGGCGGCGGCACGAAGAGCACGGUGGUGGCGGUGGGAUUCGCGAUGAUGUUCGGCGCGUUCGUCGGCCUCGGCGCUAUGGUGGUGAAGUGGCGGAAGCGGCCGCAGGAUUGGGAGAGACGUGGCAGCUUCUCGUCGUGGCUCCUGCCGGUGCACACCGGGAACACGAGCUUCACGGCGAGCAAAGGUUACGGCUACGGGUACAGCACGCACAAGAGCAGCGCCUUCACCUUCUCCUCCACCAUGGGGAUGGGCCUCGGCCGCUACCUCUCCCUGGCGGAGCUCCAAACAGCGACUAAGAACUUCGACAACAACGCGGUCAUUGGCGUCGGUGGCUUCGGGAACGUGUACAUCGGCGAGCUUGAGGACGGCACGAAGGUGGCGGUGAAGCGCGGAAACCCGCAGUCGGAGCAGGGGAUCAACGAGUUCCAAACGGAGAUCCAAAUGCUGUCCAAGCUCCGGCACCGGCACUUGGUCUCGCUCAUCGGCUACUGCGACGAGAACUCGGAGAUGAUCCUGGUGUACGAGUACAUGGCCAACGGACCCUUCAGGGACCAUCUCUACGGCAAUGGCCUGCCUCCCCUGUCUUGGAAACAGAGGUUGGAGAUCUGCAUCGGGGCCGCACGUGGGCUGCACUACCUCCACACCGGCACGGCGCAGGGGAUCAUCCACCGGGACGUGAAGACCACCAACAUCCUCCUAGACGACGCUUUCGUGGCCAAGGUGUCGGACUUCGGGUUGUCGAAGGACGCGCCGGGGAUGAACCAGACGCACGUCAGCACGGCGGUGAAGGGCAGCUUCGGGUACCUCGACCCGGAGUACUUCCGGUGCCAGCAGCUGACGGACAAGUCGGACGUGUACUCGUUCGGGGUGGUGCUGCUUGAGGCGCUCUGCGCGCGGCCGGCACUAGACCCCAUGCUGCCGCGGGAGCAGGUCAACCUGGCGGAGUGGGCGCUGCAGUGGAAGCGGAAGGGGCUGAUUGAAAAAAUCAUCGACUCCAACAUCGCCGGAACCAUCAACGAGGACUCGCUCAACAAGUUCGUGGAGGCAGCGGAGAAGUGCCUGGAGAAUUACGGCGUCGACCGGCCGUCCAUGGGAGACGUGCUCUGGAACCUGGAAUACUCGCUCCAGAUGCAGGAGGCGAACCCUCCGGAGGCCGCCGUGCAGAAGCAGCAGGCGGCGCCGCCACCGAGGGAGGAUAAGGAGGCGUCCGGCACGAGCGCGACCCCGGCGAUGGCGGCGCCGAGCACCAACCAGUCUUUCGAGAACUCGAGCACGGCCAUGGCGAACGAGCUGUUCGAACAGUUCGCCGGAAUGAAAGGAAGGUGAGGGAGUGUGACGUCGACAUCACCUGCUUGUCACGACCUAAAAAUUUGGUCUAUUUUUUUUGGGUUUCUUUUAUGGUCGGUCUUAGUCUUGAUCAAGUCAAUCACAUUGCACAAAAAUGAUAUAUUCCGUGUUUAUGAAAAAACAGAAAAAGAAAAACAUACAACAGCAA